AUGCGCGACGAGAGUGCGGUCCGGUCCCGGGGACAAGCGAGACACAUCGUCCAAGAACAUGGACCGCGCUCGAGAAGCGGUCGUUCCAGCACCCAUCGAAGUAAGCGCCGCCGUUCAAAAGACCCCCUCCACCGCUUCAGACGCUUUGCGAACAAACACACUUGGACCGUUCCGCUCCUCCUCCUGGUUGCCUUCGGUGUCGCCUACACCUUCAACCCAACUGAGUCCAACAUCGUGCACCGCUUCAUCUUCCUCUCCUACAAAGUCGCCCCGGCAGACGGCGCAUCGUUGGGACUCGCGCAGUACGGCAAGGGUCCUCGAGACUUUACCUUUGUCGCCUUCUACGCCAUCGUCCUGACCUUCACGCGUGAGUUCAUCAUGCAGGAGAUCCUGCGGCCCCUAGCGCGGCGCGGCGGCAUCGCCACGCGCGGCAAGCAGCUGCGCUUCAUGGAGCAGGCCUACACGGCCAUCUACUUCUCCUUCACGGGACCUCUGGGCCUGUACGUCAUGUCGCGCACGCCCGUGUGGUACUUUGACACGCGCGGCAUGUACGAGGCAUAUCCGCACCGGACCCUCGACGGCGCCUUCAAGUUCUACUACCUGUUCGAGGCGGCUUACUGGGUACAGCAGGCCAUGGUCAUGGUCCUGGGCCAGGAGAAGCGGCGCAAGGACUUUAAAGAGCUCGUGGCGCACCACAUCGUAACGAUAUCGCUCAUCUGGCUGAGCUAUCGGUUCCAUUUUACCCACAUUGGCGUCGCGGUAUACAUCACGCAUGAUGUCAGUGAUGUGUUCCUUGCGAUCUCCAAGUCUCUUCAUUAUCUUGAAAGCAGAUUCAUUGGGCCAGUCUAUACCCUGAACAUCGGCGUCUGGAUCUAUCUCCGACACUACCUGAACAUCCGGAUCCUCUACUCUUUGUUGACAGAGUUCCGAACCGUGGGGCCGUACGAGCUGAACUGGGAGACGGAGCAAUACAAGUGCUGGAUCUCGAAUGUUGUCACCUUUGUCCUUCUCGCACUGCUCCAGGCUCUCAACCUCUUUUGGCUGUACUGCCUGUUGCGAAGCGCAUACCGUUUCGUGGUACACAAUAUCGCCAAGGACGAUAGAUCCGAAGACGAAGAUGAAGAAGGCGAGAUGGAGAAGCGGCAGAACGAGUUGUAA